AUGCCUGUCUCGAACCGCCCUCUCCCAUCCUCCUCCUUAGCUGCCGCUCCUUCAUCUAUUUCCUCCAUUGCACCAAUUUUAUUUCGCCGAGGUGGUGUAGCGAUCCCCGCCGCCCCUGGCAAGGGCUUCGACUUCCUCACUCUCUUGAGCAGAACCACUGGGUAUGUCGUCAUUGCUGGCUCGAUGCUCUUCAAGCUCCCCCAGGCCGCGCGCAUUUUUCGCAAGAAAUCGGCUGCAGGCCUUUCAUCUUCCAUGUACAUCCUGGAAACCAUAGGAAUAGCCAUGUCGCUGGCUUUUUCCAUCCGAAACGCCUUCCCAUUCUCCACCUACGGCGAGACCGUCUUCAUUGUGCUGCAGAACGUCGUGAUCAUGGCUGGUAUCUCCCUGUACUCGGAUGAGCCCAGUCCUCCCAUCCUUGCCCUUUCCCUCCUCCUUGCUUCGCUAUUUUUUGCGUACACAAUUAGCCCCCUCGCCCCGAUGCUACUUGUAUCGAUUCUUCAGACCGUCUCGAUCCCUCUCUUGAAUUUCAGUCGAGUGCCACAGCUCCUUCUCAACUACCGCAACAAGAGCACGGGAGAGCUUGCGCCAUCCACCUUGAUCCUCCAGGCCGUCGGCAACGUGGCCCGCAUCUUCACAACCAUGGUCCAGCUUCAAAAUACUCUAUACCUCCUUAGUUGUGUGGCGGCGUUCAUUUUCAAUGGGGCGCUAGUAGCGCAGUACUAUCUCUACCGUGACAGAGCGCCGAUGAAGGAUGCGUGA